UGUAAAAAUAUAAUUUUUAAUGUAUUUAGUGAAUCCUUUCUCAAGGCCAGCCUAACCAUCAUCAAUAACUUUUGGCUCUAAUUGUCAUCAUCCUGGUGUUACUUUCUUUGCAGAAAGAAUCCACCCGUUGUAAUGGUUAACUUUCUUUCAUCAUCUUUCUCCUUACUUUCUUUCGCAAAAUUGCUCGUUAAAAGUAUCUGGUUACCAUGUGCUAUAGCUUUGGCUUUAUGCUUUGAAAUUUGGGAUGCCGAGUCACAAAAACACUGUGCGCCGGUUUCUUGCGGGGAUCUCCACAACAUUAGAUACCCUUUUCGGUUGAAUGGUUCUUCGUCUGAUCAGAAUUGUCUCAACCGUCUCAACCAUCCAGCGGUAUUAUCAUGCCAACAUAACAACACCAUUCUAAAUCUCUACAAUGGCACAUAUUAUGUGAGGAAAAUCAACUAUGAUGAUCAUACAAUUCAUGUUGUGGAUCCUGGUCUGCUAAGCGAUACUUGCCCCCCUUGGCCACUCCGCACUAUAACAACGCGUAACUUCAGCGCAAUAGAUCGAUACCAGGCAUAUGGUUAUGGGGCCAACGAUUACUUGGUUUUCGUUGAUUGCCAGUUCCCAGUUGAGUUCCUGGACUACGUAAAAUACAAUUGCAAUACCUCUUCUGCGACUUCAUAUUCUUAUAUUGUAAAUGGAGCUCUUCUGGAUAGAGCGGCCGGGAAUUUAUCUUGUGAUAGGGCCACAACCAUAACCAUUCUUGCCUUGUUAGAAGAAAUCGGGAACUUCACUUCAUCUUCUUUCAUCCACCAUGAGUUGCAAAGGGGAUUUAAGCUUUCAUGGGAGGGAUUUCUCCUCUGCGGCAGCCGAGACCAAUCCAUCAGCAUCCACUGUAUCCUUGAACCUAUGAAACUUGGUUUCAGAGCAGGUGCCAAGAUCGCUGGAUUGGUUCUGAUAGGACAAUUUGUAUAUGGCUGUAUUGUUGGGCUUCGGCACCCACGAACUGUAUACGAGAAAGUUCCUAAAUGACGAUGAUGAUGCAGUUGAAGAAUUCUUGGAUGCGUAAAAGAAUCUUAUGCUGAGGAGGUAUUCCUAUUCAGAUAUUAAAAAGAAACACGUAAUCUCAAAGAUAUACUCGGUCAGGAAGGCUUUGGUUUUGUUUUCAAAGGGUUGCUGCCAGAUGGCUCCAGAUUUGCUGUCCCCAAAAGUGUGUUUAGUUUGUGUCUUCUUACUAAUAUGUUGACACAUGUCCUUUAACUUAACCUAAAACUAACUUUGUUAACUUUAUUUAUUUAACAUUUAAAUAAAUAAAAUCCCAAAUAAUAAAAAAAAAAAAUUGUUGGGUUAACGUGGUGAGCAAAUCCAAAUAGGAUUCUUCACCUUCUUUUACGUGGUUGUUCAGUGCACAAAUGCGUGUGGCUUCUUGCAGGCAGGCGGAGGAACCCUCGCCAUCUUCGACCCACGCGACUCUUGUUCUUCGUCCUUCUCCUGCACCUCAAAAUCCAAGGUGCACGAGGCUGCUGGAAUUGUGAAAAUUGCUUGGGUUCCACCGGAAUUCGGCGCUGCAGUGGCAUGUGUCUGUGCAGAUGGAACUUUAUCAUUGUGGGAGGAAGUUGCUGAAGAUGCACAACCUCUUCAAUGGAAGCUGUGCAUAAGCUUUAAUAGCGGUCCGGCUCAACUGCUGGAUACCCAAUUUGGAGUCUUACCUGCAGGUUUAAAAAUGGUUACUGCAUAUUCAGAUGCCCAUUCAAGUUCUAUGAGUUACUGAAUCCCUUGGGACGCAGAAGUUUGUUUAUUAAUCUCACUUUCCAGUUCCAGCACUGGCAUAUUACAUACACUGGAGCUCCGAUCUACACCCAUGACCUUGUCUUCAUUAAUCCUUAACUCCUAGAAUCAUUUUUGUCUUCAUUAAUUCUUGUUCAACUCAACACCCACGGAAAGAAAAUGAAGAAUUCUAUUUCAAAGUGAACAACCACGUAAAAGAAGGUGAAGAAUCCUAUUUGGGUUUGCUCACCUCGUUAACCCAACAAUUUUUUUUUUUUAUUAUUUGGGAUUUUAUUUAUUUAAAUGUUAAAUAAAUAAAGUUAACAUAGUGAGUUUUAGGUUAAGUUAAAAGACAUGUGUCAACAUAUUAGUAAGGAGACUAAAACGAGACACACUUUUGGGGACAGCAAAUCUGGAGCCCUGCCAGAUGGUCAUCUUGUUGCUGUAAAUGUUGGCUGAUUAAGGUCUAAACUGUAAUUUCCUUUAUUUUGUAAAUCUGUUAGACUUCAAAUAAUGAGCUGUUAGUGAUCAAGGGCUGAGAUUAGAUCAAAUUGUAUUAGGCUCAAAUGUGAGGGUCUUGUAAUGAAUGGUUGGAUGAGCUCAUAGGCUCUCCUAGAUUCUGUCCCUCUCUAACGGUCAUGUAAUAGUGGGUGUGAUGAAAUGAGCAUACUAGCUCACUGUGAUUUGAUCA